CUUAAGAGGUGGGGGUCUAUCUGGUGGUGGGUUAUUAUUCAUCAUUUGCUAACAACAAAACGAAACUAACAAUGAAAACUAAACCGCAUGCAAAGACAAAGACAUCAAAAACGAUAUGCAUAGCCAUCUUCAAUAACAAACUAUGUUAAUACAUCAAGAACAACCUCAUGAUAAUUACAUAGAGUAUGCAACUAGUGCACACAAAGUCAACAAACACAAUUUUCAACAAUUUCAUAGAGAUUGAAUAUCACUUAAUAGAAAUAAAAAGUAGAGAAGAAAAUAAUGUCAGAGAUUCUUACGCGAAAGAUAACAGAAGAUCUCGAUUCAUUUUGAGUUCAACUCAAACACUAAUUUCUCUUGCCUCUUGGAUUGAAUUUGAGAACUCUCAAAUUUAUGAUUUUCAAAAUUUUUAAAGAAGAUAUUAUACAUAUUUAGCAAUGUUUUUUUUUUUUUAAUUUAUACAUAUUCAAAAGUGUCUUUCUAAAUAUAUUUAUAAUUUAGAUGCAGCUUCAGGAAGGCGUCAUGCAUAUUUAGAAAUAUUUUCCUAAACUUUUAAAAAAUUAGGAGCUUUUUAAAAAAAUUAUGAAAAAUGCUUUGAAAACAUAUUUAUUUAUAUUUAGUUAGAUUAUUUUUAUAAAUCAUAGUUUCAAAAAUAAAAAGAAAUAUAAUAUCGAUGGUAUAUGCGAAUUUGGAUUUGGUUUUAUUUGUGAUAUAUUUAUAGAACUAGAAAAUGAUUGAAUUAAAGUGUGAGGGCUGAAGAUGUAUCUUUGUUUUGAGUAAAGUUAUGGUGAUAACUAGAUAUCUCCAUAUCCCUAACGCAUUUAAAUUUUGUUUUGUUAGGAUGCAUCCCCUAUGAACAUGCACGACACAUUGUUGGCAAAGUGUAUAACUUUCAAUAAAUUAUUAAAUCAUAUAGUGAUGAUAUGUUUGUACGCCUUAACUAUGAAGUGUAUAUAUACAAAUACAUUAUAAAUCACCGAAGAACGUUUCAAGUGAUUCUUCACUCGAAAGGACAUGUAUAGUGGAUUUGAAUCAUUAGGUCUUUAAUUUGUGUGUUUUUAGUUUUGUUAGACUUGAUAUAAUUAAAAUAUUUAAUCUCAAAGCUUUUGAAGCAAAGACUCAUCAACCGCUAGGUUACAGAAGGUCCAAAAAGAUACUGUUUAGCAUAAAUUCUAUAGUUUCCAUCCUCUGUAAUGUAUAAACCUAAGGAAAUUGAUAUGGUGGUUUCUUACUAUUAAAGUAGUUAUACAAUAUCUUUUGCAAAGAGAAAAGCUUUAAGCAGUUAGAUAAGAAAGUUUGGAUUAGCAAGUUUUAGUGGAUCAAGAAAAUAUUACAACUAAGAAGAGAAGUUGAUUGGAGUGUGAAUGAGUGAGUAUGAUAAAGCCAAGUCAUAGAGAAAGAACAAAUUUUAGAUUUGAUUCAUUCACAAGAUGGUUCAACUACCACCUACCUCUUCUUAUAGCGUCUCUAGUUACUAGAGUCUAAACAAUUUACUUUAUUUCAUCUUUUUCAUAUAUACUUUUUGUCAACUUUUCAUAUUAUACUUAUAUAUAUAUGUUUAUUUAAUGUUUUGUAUUUCUGGUGUAAAUCAACAUCCAAUAUUAAGAAUUUUAAAGAAAAAUAAAAAAGCAUUAUCGACAUAACAAUUUAACACAUUUUAAAUUUAUAUUAUUAAUAAUAUUUUUAUUUUAAGAAAUAAUUUUUAAUUCCCUAUAUUUUUAACUAAAACAUCUUAAAUUAUGGAUAUUUGUUGAUGAAGUGGAAUAAUUUUGGAGCCUUCACGAAAAGCGUAAUUAAUAUUUAUGGUUCUGCUAUAACGUUUUCAGCUCACCAAGUGUAACAAAUUUUGUUUUCAUGCAUUUUUAGAAAUGAAUUUUGUGAACGGAAACUAUGUCCUAAUUUUCGAUAAUAGCGUCACCAAACUAAAAUGUCAGUUUAAUCGGUACCAAAUGUGAGCAUAGUAAGUCGAUUACAUGGAAAACAAAUUUUCUUGAUCCACUAGAUUUUAAUGAUGACUUGGGAAAACAAAACUCAAACAAUUUGAGAAAAAACAAAUACUAGCACUGUAUAAAUGGAAUACAUAAAAAAUAUUCUACGGUUGUUCAAAAAAAAAAAAAUUUCUACGAUUCUCCAAUUAGUUCUCUUACACGCUUUCGUUACUACACCUUUGGAAUCUGUAUUUUCUAUCAGAAGUCACCAAUCUUUUUUUUUCUUUUUGGUUCUCAAUCUUAAAAAAAAAAAUCUAUUCACCAUAUUCCUAUGAUAUGUAUACAUAAAAUCACGAAAAAUCCAUAACAAGAUGUCCAAAAAUAUCCACAACCACACGGUGUUGUUUUCCCUUUUUUUUUAUCUAUUUCUUGACGUCUCCCAUUUCUCUACCAAUUUCUUACCAUAUAUUAUGUAGAAUAUGGUGCAUAUCAUAUGUAACCCUCGGGUCACAAUUUCCCAUAUCUCUCCGUAGAUUCCUCUUCUCAACUCUCAAACAUAGAGAGAGUGAGAGAGAGAAAGAGAGAGCAAAUAAGACAAGGCGAACAACCUCUCACAUAGUUCUCUCUUCUCAAAUAUUACAAGAGAGAGGGAGAGAGAUACUUGUGGAUAUAAUCUAAGUUCAAGUUCAUGCAUGGGUGCGAUGAGGACAAGGUCAGCAUCAGUAGGGAGAUGGGUGAACGAGGUCGUGAGUUUUGUUGUGUUUUGUCUGUUGGACAUCUUUGAUUAUUUGCUCUGUCUUCUCUACAAAACAGCUGAUUAUCUCCUCGAAGCAGAGUGGAAGCCUUGCUAUUGCUUGUCACCCAAGAAACUCAUCACCACAAGUCGAGGGAACAUCCUCUUAUCCCAUAACAAUUGUGAAUCCAAGAUCCUCACUGUUUCUCCGCUGCAACAACUUAGCGGACGUUCCAAGAUUGAGCUAGAGGAGAUCUCAGAGACUCUGUAUUCUCGUCCUUCUCUUCUAUCAGAUCACCUCUCUAAGCUCUCCAUUAUAGAUCUCACAAAAUGGGUAGUGAAUAUGACUCGGUCACAUUCUGAUUGUGGCGAGAUCAAGACAAGUAAGAAAAGAAGGAAAACGUUGAAGUCGAGCUUCACUGUCGUUGAGAUGCUUCAAGGCAAGAUCAGACCGCAGAAUUUGAGCCAACAAAUCUCGAGAUGGUCGGAUUGUGAUUGUGGAUUUUGUACUUGUUGGAAUUCAACUUGUGUCAAAGAUCAGUCCCUUUUUGUCAAAACUCAGUUCCCUAACGGUAAUAUUGAGAAUGAAGACGUGUUGUUCAUCCACGGCUUCAUAUCUUCAUCGGCGUUUUGGACAGAGACGGUAUUUCCAAGGUUGUCGAAAUCCAAGUAUAGACUAUUUGCCGUAGAUCUCUUAGGGUUUGGGAAGAGCCCUAAGCCUGCGGAUUCACUCUACACGAUGAGAGAGCAUGUGGAGAUGAUCGAGAAAUCGGUAUUGCUUAAACACAAUGUGAAGUCGUUCCACAUUGUGGCUCACUCUUUGGGUUGCAUAUUGGCUCUUGGUUUAGUCGCUAAGCACGGUGGUUCCAUCAAGUCACUAACCCUCCUCGCUCCGCCGUACCAUCCGGUGCCGACGACGGAGGCGGAGCCAAGGCAGUACGUGAUGAAGAAGGUUGCACCACGGAGGAUUUGGCCGCCCAUAGCGUUUGGAGCGUCGAUGGCUUGUUGGUAUGAACACAUUAGCCGUACCAUUUGUCUUCUCAUCUGCAAGAACCAUCGUCUUUGGCAAUUUCUUGCCAAACUCAUCACCCGUAAUAAUAGGACAGUGAACUUUCUAAUAGAAGGGUUUAUGUGCCACACGCAUAACGCGGCGUGGCACACUCUACACAACAUAAUAUGUGGAGUAGGGAGCAAACUGGAUUCGUAUUUGGACAUCGUACGAGACAAACUGAAGUGUAAUGUCACCAUCUUCCAUGGAAGAGACGAUGAGGUAGUACCUGUUGAGUGUAGCUACAAUGUUCAAAGUCGGAUUCCUCGAGCACGUGUUAAGGUUGUUGAGAACAAAGAUCACAUAACUUUAGUUGUCGGAAGGCAAGUGGAGUUUGCUAAAGAGCUCGAGGAGAUUUGGAAGAGCUCUUCUUGCUAAAACCAGGUUGUGGUUACUAUCAAUUGAUCAAAUAUAUAUGAAGGGUUUUUUUUUUUUACAAAAAUUUAAGCGAAAGUCUUUUGACUGUCAUUAAGUACUGAAUAUUUUAUGUUACUUGGCUAUUAUUUGUUGUGAGUUGGGAAAGAAGAGUAAUAAUAGUUUUACUAUGCGUAUUAAUAUUAUUGUGAUGACUUGCUUAUGUGAAGAACCACAGAGUUUAAAUCUGCCGCUCCCUCUUUUUUUUUUUCCUUUUUUGUUCAAAGCCAUUACACUUCAGAGAAUCUUUAUGUGGUCUUUGCCAAGAGUUUGUUUCACUUUCUUAGGGUGAGAAAGUUACCCCUAUCCCACUACUACGUGGAAUCAUUUAUAAGAUCUGCAACCGUGUCUCUAGAGUCACUAGACUUUGCUACAUUAACAGAGCUUUCAACCAUUAUAGAUCUACCAUUGCCAACCAAAUACCAUAACCCUCUCCACAUAAUAAAAUCCCUUAUGCUUCUCCAAACAUACGAAGUGAUAAUUAUACAUGACAGUCUGAUUCAUUCAACCAUAACUAAACCAUAGUUUUUGUUUGCCAACCAAAAAAAAAAAA